AACGUAUAUUGCUUGUUCAAUACGAUAGAAAGCACAUUUGCAGUUGAACUGCCAAUUGAUCAAGUGCUACAAAAGUUUAACAAUUCCACCACGAAAAGACCAUGUCGGAAAGUAAUGAAAGCAUCUUAAAGUCCAUUUUGGAAAAUCCAGCUGUUACGGUUUUCCCAUUUAAUUCUUACGCCGCAUCGUACAUCUUUAAGUUGAUGAGCAAUACAAAUCAACAAAUACGCCAAAAUGAGAAUGAAACUACAGAAAGCAACCAGAUUAAGGAGCAAACUAGCAGGGAUACCGACGACAUGCUGACGAUGGAGGCUGACAUGAAGGGGGGAAUUUUACACGCCACAAUGCCCCCGCACCAUCCCUCAUCGUUGCAUUCACACGGUGGAUCACCGUAUGGAUCCCUUGGGCCGCUGAGUAUGAUGAACUUGGGGCAGUCUCAGCUGGCACAAUCGCAGAUCACCCAUCAGCCGCAUAUGGCGCACAUGGCGUCGCAGCACAACAAUAGUGCUGCUGCAGGGCUCAUGGCAAGUCAUCAGCAACAUCAGGCAACACACAAUGCCCACUCAUCACCCCUACAUGGGCAGCAACAGUCCUCGGGACUCAGCCCCAAUACAUCCCACCCGAAUCAGCCGCAACAGCAACCACCUCAAACAAAUCCAUCCUCUGUUAUGGGUGGUGGGCAUCAUAUCUCUGCCACUGGGCAGACAACGGGGCACCCUCAUGGUGGAUUGACAAACACAAACAACAACAACAAUACAUCAAGUAAGAACCAGAAUGUUGAUCGUGUAAAACGUCCCAUGAAUGCAUUUAUGGUGUGGUCACGUGGGCAGCGGCGUAAGAUGGCAUCGGACAACCCCAAGAUGCACAAUUCGGAGAUUUCAAAGAGACUAGGGGCACAGUGGAAGGAUUUGUCAGAGACGGAGAAGAGACCCUUUAUCGAUGAAGCCAAGAGAUUGCGUGCCGUGCAUAUGAAGGAGCAUCCUGACUACAAAUACCGACCACGUAGGAAAACAAAAACUCUCACGAAGAAUAAGGAGAAGUAUCCAUUGGGUGUUGGGACGCUAUUGCAAACAAGUGAUCCAAGUGCUAUUCGCAAUACAUCAACAAUUUCGGCCGUACAGCAAGCUGCCGUCGCGAACAGGGAUAUGUAUCAGAUGCCACCAAAUGGCUACAUGCCCAAUGGUUAUAUGAUGCACGAUCCGACGGCGUAUCAAUCUGCCCAACAUAAUGCCUACAUGAGCAAUUACCACCGAUACGAUAUGGCACAAAUGCACAAUGCCAGUAACAUCAACUACAUGGGUUCAGGAGCAUACGGGAUGUAUGGAACGGUGUCGGGUGGGCAGACAAGUCCCUACCAAUCUGGUGGUGGUAGUGGGAAUUCCGUGCAACAACCAGGAAGUCCCUACAGUGGGUUGUCGCAACAGCAACCGGGAUCUCCGUAUGGUGGAAUGAAUCAGCCUGGAUCCCAAAUGUCAUGCCAAAGCCACAGCCCAAGUGAUACGAGUAUCAAAUCAGAGCCCGUGUCACCAGGCCCAAUGCAUCCUGCGUCCCAGAGUGCUGGGAAUAACAAUCUCAUGAAGCGUUCCAGUGAUUAUCAGCCUGAAAUUACGAAUCUCAUGACAAUGUAUGGUAUCUCGCAAGAUCCCAUGACAACGGCUGCUGUUGAGCAUCAGCGAAGUUUGAUGUAUCAACACAAUAGUGUGUCACCGGAUUUGCAGGCACAGCAGCAGCAUCAGCAGCAAUCACUGAGAACGAUGGCCCCAUUGGCGCACAUGUGAGACCAGGCCACAAGUCUCCUCUAUCGCCACCACCAUCAUCAUCACAUCCAAGACAAUUCCCUAAUGGACAUCUCAUCUUUAUAAUCACGUGACUUCCACAGAUUUUACAGCAAGAGAGCAUAAAAGGGGGAGGAAGAGUGUCUUGCUUUUCCAUAUUAUACACAACAAAAUUUCCUUCAAAGGAAAUACAUACAUACAUCUUAUCGUUUUGGAAAUGGACUAACAAAAGGAGACUCCAGGAAAUCCCGUCGGGAAGUUAUGUCUGUGACAUAUGGAAAAUAUAUAUGUACGUACAUAUAUAUUUCAGACUUGGGGGAUGGAAGUCUUCAGUGAUUGAAAUCGUAAUAUUUAAAAGCUAUAUACAUACAUUUAUUCUAUAUUUAAAAAAAAAGAAAAGAAAAUGAAUGAACUUUUGAAGUAAAUAAUUCGGCAUUCUUGCCAAACAAUGAAUGCAAUUAUUCUAAUAAUCUUUAAACACACCCACAAAAAAAUGAAAUAUUAUUUGUAUAAUGAAUUAUUGAAUUUACUAUUUUUUCUCACACAGUAUAAAUGGUCAUUAUUAUUAAAUGUAAUUCAAUGAAGAAAAAAAAAUAAUAUGUGAACAAUGAGUGAUGGCAUUUUUGAAAGAAAAUCUCUUUGAUAAGAAAAAAAUGUUAACAGCGCGGUACUUCGAGACAACUAAAAUGGAACUUCUCAAAAAUAAAAGGUGAAUAAAUUUUCAUUUCAAUUCUA